UUCGCAUAUAAUUUGAAUUUAAAAAUGUUCGACUACAGAGAUAAGAAGAGACCUCUUUCAUCAUCAGCUCAGGCCAAUGAUUUUUCAAUAUACAAGACUGUACCUAAAAUAUAUGCUAAAUAAUUUGUACAAAAUAGACAAUCUUCAAAGCAAGAGAACAGGCUCGUCGAAAAAUAAGUACCGAAAUGCUGGUUCCUCUUUUAAAAACAGGAGCUGUUCUAAUUCCUUAAAACCAGACAGUGCUAAAAGGAAUACUUAUGAUGAUAAAGAAAAUAGCUGAAGGAAUUUCACAACCAGGUGAAAAUUUGGAAGAGCCACUAAGCCACUUGAUGAGAACAAGUCUGGUCUAAACCCACCAAUUCCUCGGUCAGAUUACUCCUUAUAAGCAAAGAACUAAAUUAUAAGCAAAGGGCUUCCUCAAGUAGUAUGAAUAAGCGAGAAGAAUACAAAUUUUUAGCUAAGCCACCAGCACACAGUACUCUAAAUGCCCCAAAUACUAAAAGAAUUUCUUCAGAGGUUAUGGAGAAGAACGAUCAUAAGAUCAGGUUUGCAAUGAAGAAAGAGCCCAGGCCUGGAUCUAAAAUAAAACAGUUCAGUCAAAAUAGGAUCUCCAAAGAGCAUCAUAGCAAAUCCCGUAAACUUAGUUCAAGAGGCAGUAAUCACUCAGGCCAAGCUAGAUUGAUUUAUAAGAAAGAAAAUGUGAAAUCUCUAAAUUCUAAUAAUUCCAAGAACAAGACUUCGUUCAGAGGAUGUAGUAAGAUUGAAAACAAGGAAAAUAACUCUGCUUCUCUAAACACAAACAACCUCAAGCCGAAUAGAACUGGAGCUGGAAGAAACUCGAAGAUUAAAUCUAUGAGUGGAAUCAGAAAGUUAUACACCCUAAAGGCAACUAGUAUUAACAGAGGGCUUGAAACUAACAGCUAUAGAGAAGUAGACAACAGGCAUAGCAGCUUAGCACCUAAGAAUGAAAAUAUUUCAAGGUUGAGGGGAGAAAAUUACCAUUCUUCAAUCUCAAAAAGAUUCAAGAAAAUAUCAAGGAAUAAGACCACUUCUUCAGAAAUACCUAGAUUAAGGACUCAAAGUGCAACCUUUAACAAGCUAAAAUCAAACCAGAAGGCUAAAAUUGAGACUAAGGAUAAUGCAAAGCUGGAUAAUUAUUCUUCAAAUUAUGAUACAAGAAUGUUAAAAUAAACCUCCAAAUCCAGGUUUGAUUAGCAAAACCGUAAAGAAGACGGGGCAUCCAAAGGAUAGGUCUCAAGGUACAUCUGGGAGAGAGCCUAAGGAGUACUCUAAACCAAGAAUAAACUCAAAGGAGGAGACUAAAGAGGAGAAUGAAGACAGUGUAAAAACAAGAGAAGUCAAAUAUCAAAUAUUGUACCAUUUCAAGACUGGAAAUCUUCAAGAUCACUCUACAAUAACUCCAGUAAUGUCAAAUGAUGGCCAAAUUAGGCAGUAUAUACUGAAUGACCCUAUUUCAAACCCUGAAGAAGACGAACCUGAGAUAUCUUUACUACCCAGUCACAGAAUUACAGAUACUACUGUAGAGAAAUCCAAAUGAUCAACUAAGAACAAUGGCAUUGUGAAGGCAUAUGCUGCUAAUACUAACAGAGGUAUUAUUAGGAACUAUAAUGAAGACAGAGUCUCCAUUAUUCUCAAUAUACUCAAACCACAAGACCGUAGAGGGGAAAACUGGCCAAAAUGAAGCUUUUUUGGAGUAUUUGAUGGUCAUGGAGGAGCAGCAUGUGCAGACUUUUUGAGAGAUAAUCUUCAUCAAUACGUAAUCAAAGAACCCUCAUUUCCCGAUUACCCAGAAGAAGCUCUUAGGAAAGGUUUCUUAGCUGCUGAAAAAAAAUUCAUUCAAAACUGACAAGAAAAAGGCGAAAUUAUAGAGAAAAGUGGAUCUUGAGCCAUAGUUACUCUCAUUGUUGGAGACCAAUGAUAUGUAGUAAAUGUAGGCGAUAGUAGAGCUGUUCUUAGUUAUGAUCAAGGAAGAAAAGCCAAAGCUCUUUCAACUGAUCACAAACCCUCUGAUGCUCUUGAGAAGAAGAGGAUCCAUCAAUCUGGAGGGCAAAUUUAUCAGACUGCCACAGUUGCAAGUCCAAAUAAUCUUUCGAUGGUUCCAGAUAUUAUUAUCGGCCCAGUUCGAGUAUUUCCUGGUAGGUUAUCAGUCAGCAGAACUUUUGGGGAUCCUGAAGCAAAAAUUCCCACAAAAGGAGGAAAUCCUGAUGUUGUUGUAUGAACACCAGAAAUAAGAAGUUUCAAAAUUGACAGGCUUCAUGAUUAUAUUAUCCUUGGCUGAGACGGAAUUUUCGAUAAAUUAACAGACCGUGAUUGAGUAGAUUGAGUCUGGAACUCUGUCUUUCAAAAUCCCAACCUUGAUGUUCACCAACUCAUCGGCUUAGGAGCAGAAUGAAUAAUGAAAAAUUCUUUAAAUAAGAGAAGCUUGGAUAAUGUUACUGUAGUGCUAAUAGCUUUCUCUGGAUUUAGAGAUACUAUUAAUUCCUUAAAGAUACAAAAUGAAAGAAUCGGUCCUUCUUCAAGAAUCAAAAGAGAAAAUCCAGGUCCAAAUAGUAUGUCCAAUCCAAGCAAGAGUACUAAGAGUUUUAGUCAAAACAAAAUACUUGGGGGAUCCAACACAUUUGCUUCAAAAUAA